CAGGUCGCUUUCGAAUAUCCCAUGGAUGUCUAUUUGUUCCGCUACCGAGACAAGAAUGCUAUUCCAACACAACGAGCGCGUGAGGGCAAAACCGAAUUGGAAUUAAUGCGAUUUUGUGGAUUGAUUAAACGCGUCAAUUUUCAAGAGCUCAGUGGACAGCACAUUCGAAUGAAAAUCAACGAAGAGUUCGCCAAUUUCUUGCAAGGCAGGGAAUGGAUUCUGCUUAGUCGUAUUGUGGUGGAUCCCAAUAACCCGGAUCGCGUUUACCUCUCCGGGAAGCACAUCUUCCCAGCAAAUUUGCCGACAGAGUCUCCAUCAUGGGCGUUCCAGCAGAUGUAUUCGGAAAAUCCAAAUCGCGAAACUGUAAAUCGCAUGUACAUUGCGGCCGACAGCGGAAUCAUCAACAUUUCACGAGAACUUGUCGAGAGAUUUGCUGAGUCCGAAGGGAAGACUGUUGAAGAGCUGGGACUGCGUGGUUUUACCGAUGAAUUAAACGGUAACAGUGGGAUGAGCAACAUUUUACGAUCCUUCGGCGCCAGUACGUCGCGAUUAAGCGGCGCCAGUACAUCGGGAUUGUCAAGCCAGCGUACUUCUGAUUUGGCUGCUCGUAAUAACUCUAUAUUUGACGUUUCACCCUCCUCGUCGCCUCAACCAGUGCGCCGUGGCACUGUUGCGGCCCAGCUAAACCAAGAUGUCAGUGGUAUUCAUCGAAGUCUCCGAUCCACUGUGCCUAUCAUCUACGUUCCUUCAGAUGAAAGUGAUGCGGAAGAUGUUGCACUUGAAAACAGCGGCGCCAGUGAAAUCGCAAACCACCAGUUGCCUGCUAAACGAAUGCGCGUGGGAAACUUUCCUGACCAGGAAGAAAACGCUGUGGAAGCAUCGGUGGAGCAGUUGCGUAAGCAAUUGUGUGUAAAGGUCACCGGACGAGAACCCAUGUUCAAGUCGAAUUACGUGUUUGAAUGGAUUCCCGGGAACGAUAACGUCCAGAACUGGAUCGACUUCCACUAUGCGCAUGGUCCUAAUUUGGCUGAUGGGGGAAGGCCAUGUAUUCAAAUCGAAGAUGCAACUGACUUGGACGGCCCGUAUAAGGAGGUCAUGACGAAGCUUGGUCAAGCAUUUCUUCACUACCGCAUCCCGGAUUUAGGCAUUACGUUGUUCGAACAAUGUGCAACAGUUGUAUUAAUAUCGUCGGAUGCCAUUGUCACCGAAGCGGGACAUUCUGCACUUCGAGCAUUCGGACACUUAUUGCGAGAUUCAGUUUUACAUGGAGCGCCCUUCGUUACUUGGUUGAACUCUUCAGUGUUCCGCUACUUGUUGAAUCUUCCCAUUGAGGUCAAUGAUAUUUUCUCGUUCAGUCCCGGUAUCGGCAGUAUGAUCGAUGGCAUUAUGUCUGGUGUGGGACCUGUCGUGCUGGAGAACGAGGAAGCGCUGAGGAUUGUAUUGCAGUGUGCUGUCCUUCUGGAACACGGACGUGAGCAACUGUGCAGACUAAUUGCGGAAUUUGAACUGGUCCACAAACGUGCCGGGAAUUUGAAGUAUGUCUACGAGGGACUGGUAGCCGGAAAAAUGUACAAGGAACUGAUGGCGUUUCGCUCCGACUGGAAACGCUUUGAGCCGCAGCUGUACCGCGCUGUGAUGGAGGGCAAAGAUCUGCUGGAGCAGUUCAAAACGUUGAACGAAGAUACUGCGGAUGACGAAGAAAUCCAGACAAUGGCAUGGCUUGAUGACAUAAUUUUGGAAGAGUUUAGCCAGCACGAACGCAAGCAACUGUUACGAUUUAUCACCGGAUCGUACAUGGUACCUGCAACGCCAAAGAUUGAAGUUUCAUUCACAUUCGCACGGGACGGAAACCGACGUCCAACCGCUACGACCUGUACUAACAAGCUGACUCUUCCGAGCGGAUGCAUGAGCAAAGAGCAACUACUGGAAGGACAUGCGCUGUUGACUGUACCUGCUAGCAUGCGCACAAACGGCAAAGACAAAGAGAAAGAAUCCCGUGUUCCCUCUCCGCCCUACAAACGCGUCAAACUGGACAGCGGUGAGAUGGCCUUUCCCGCCAAGCCGAAGGUGCGGUCCGCCAAUGGCCGGCUACCAUUUCCCGAUGCACCGGAGGAUUUCUUCUACCAUCUCUCACCGCAUACGAAGAAAGAACGCCGCAAAGCCAUCACCACCGCCGAACUGAAGAAGGCAGGUCGUGCCCAGCGGUUAAUGUUCACCUUCCUGCCCAACCCGGCCGGCUGCAUCACUUCCUCUCCAUCGUCCCGACACAGGCGGUGA